ACACAGCCGGCCUCCUCCAUUCACUGUCGACCAGCAGCACUGAGUUGCACAGAUUUAGACGUGUUCAUCCUUUAGUACUUGAAUAAUGAAAGUUACAGACAGAAAUGUGAUUCGGUUUCAGCUCCAGGUUAUUUAUGGGAUAACUGUGAGGAGCUUUGAGAAGAGAAAAGACAGGCUGUUCAUGAGUGGUGCAAAGAUCUUUGGUGUCCCUUUGGAGAAUUUGCCCAGAAGAUACAUCCCUGAGUUUGGACUUGUGCCAUGGUAUGAGCAUUAAAAAUUUAUGAUCAGAAAAAUGGUUUUAUAUAACUUUAUAAUCUAUAAAAACUGUUACAUUUCAGCUUUUUAGUGGAGGCUUGCUCCUAUCUCCUGGAGCGUGCUGGAAAUGUGGGCUUGUUCAGAAAACCAGGCUCUCUACCCCGUAUCAAGGUCCUCAGGGUGAGAUUUAGUCUAACUAGUAUAAUUUUUAGAAUAUUUACAGCGCCACCUAAUUUUUGGUAAAAACUGCUUGUAUCACCCAGCUUUCUCUCCUUUGGAUAUAAGAAUUAACCAAAAACAUGUUGUGAAUGUUUUUCUCUCUGUCUUAGGCCAAACUAAAUCGAGGUGAGGGCUGUCUGUCUACAGCCCUCUCCUAUGAUGUGGCGACCCUCAUAAAGCAGUUCUGCAGAGAGUUACUGGAGCCGCUGUUCCCCUCUGAGCUCCACCCAGCUCUGCUUAAAGCUCAGACUCUGUCCAACCCUACAGACCGGACUUCAGCCCUGCAGCUGCUGUCCUGUCUGCUGCCUGCGAGAAACUUCUCCUGUCUGCACUACCUGUUUGACUUCCUCAACAAAAUCUCCCAGAGGUAGGAUGAAACAAGGGUAGCUCACAUUUUAACUUGCAACUGUGAGAAAAGAGAAACUUUUAGGGGAAAUAUAGUUAAUGGACUAUUGUUAAAAUUUUAAUUGAGUGUUUGCCAUUUGUCUGAGUACUAGUCUUAAUUCAUGGUAUGUCCCAUAUGUGUGGCCGUCAGGUGUGACGAGAACUUGAUGACCAGCUCUAACCUUGCUACAGUAUUUGCUCCGUGUCUUUUACCUCCUCCAAACAAGACAGAGAUGUCUGAGGGACGUCUUGAACUCAGAGUCCUGGUUCUUUGCACCUACAUUGAAAAUCCUCAACUGUUUGGUAUUGAGCACAUCAUGUUGAUGCAUAUAACUUCAUCAUAUCCAUGCGUAGUAGAUAACAGAUCUUUGUGUUUUUCAGGUGUGAUUCCUAAAACUGUGAUGGAUAGUAUGGAGUUCCUGGUGAGUUUCUGUCCUCUGAAAGAUGCAAAGAAAGGACACAGGAGGAGACAUAGUUUUAAAGGUAAAGCAUUAGUGUCUGACUGUUUGUACCAUUAGCUCUUUUUUUUCUGAUUGCCUUUUCUUUUAAAAUACCUCAAAAUAGUAAUGCAGUCUGGUAAGACUGUUCCCUGGAUCAAAGGGAGGUCAAAGGUUGAAGUUCAGGUUCCUGAGGAGAAGCAAGAGUCCACCUCAGGAGGCAGACUGGUGCUUAGGAGAAGCCUCGGCUUAGAAACUUUCCCAAAUGUCCAGCUGUUUAGGACCUGUCUGCCUGGUGCAGGUACAAACACAGUAAAGACUCAAACAGGCUGUAAAUUACACAAUGUUUGUUUAACACUAAAUGUAAAUGUAAACUGUCUUUUUUUUUUCCAGAGCAGAGUUUCAGUCCUGCAGUAGCUUUGUUGGAUAGUCCUUCAAAGGAGGUGUUAAAGACACCACCAGAGAAACCAAAAAGGUGAUUCUUAAAACAUUGGACAAGAUAAGAAAAGACUGCUUUGUCUACAAGGGGCACCAAAACUGACCCAAACUAAAAGUUCCUCCUCAAAAGUUUAGGUCAAGAACACUGUCUAAAAUCAAAAAUCAAAAACACAACCACUAUUUCUAUUAUGUCUUUCCUUGUCUUUUUUUUUUCAGGGAUCUGCGUUUCGGUCAUUUCCCCAAAUUCCCCAGACGACCAGAUGUAGAAAGCUCUCCCAUGCUUCUUGGAGUCGGGAAACUGCAGAUCACACCUUGGAAAAAACGCAAUUCACUCUAAAGAGUUAAAAUCAGGCAGAAGUCAUGUGGGUUGACCCACAUCAGGACACUUUUUUUUUAGUUCUGAUGUAUUAUGGACCAGUUUUUAUGAAUAAGAUGUCAUCUAAUACUUAAUUUAUAUUAAUAUCCUUUGUUUUAAUGAAUGUAUGUAUUUAACUAUUUAUUUAUCAGCAAGACUGUCCCUUUAUUUUGU